AUGAGCUGGAAGUCGAUUGUUUCACGUGCUGAGAGUCUUCUUGGUGGUCGAGCACCUGCAGUUGACCUUUCCUUACUUGGAAAAUCCGAGUCAACCCUCCUCAUCGACCGAGUUCGAAGUCUUGCGGCCACGACUAAUCACAAAUUGGUCCCUGUUAUAUGCGCAGAACUCCAAAACAAUCCGCACAAUAAUAUUAAGUAUCCAAAAUGGCCAGCAGCUUUUUCUACCAAAAGCAAAACAUCAAUGUUCCCACAAAGCCUGCUUAUUCCCAUGGUUGGCCAGUUGUGUCUUGAAAAAAUUGAUGUUGAUUUACUUGUGCUUCAUCGAAAAAUGGGGAACAUCUUCGCUACGAUUAACUUGGCUCUUGCUUUACACAGGACGAUUGCUGAUCUGUCUGUUCCACAAACUGAAUUUGACCGUGAUAACUGGCUCAAAAACAUGGAAUCCGGAAAUAACUUCGCGGUUCUUGCGGGUGAUAUUUUACUGGCUUCGGCAUCCUUAGAACUAGCAUCUUAUCGAAUUCCCAAAGUGGUUGAAACUAUUUCCGUAGCUAUCACUGAUGCUGUGCGAGCAGAGUUCUCUGACCUCAUGGUUGAACCAGCCGGUAAUGUCACUCGCUCCGAAAGUGUGUCACUUCUCAAACAGUGGCUUGACCAUAUCACACUUAGGCAUGGCUCUUUACUUGGCGAAUGCUGUGCGGCAACUGUGGUUUUGAAUUCGCCCACUACCUUCAAUGAGAAAUUAUCAAAAACCGCAAGACAUUUUGGCACCACUUGGGCAUGUCUUUCAAGGUUGAUAGAAGAAAGAGCUUUUUUUAAUCAGAUGUGUAUUCUACGGUGUUUGGGAGGCGACUUACCAAUGGUUCCCCACAUUACGUGUAUUCUUACAUCAUCUUGCCUUCGAUUGAAGGUCAGUGCUUCUAAUCGCCCAAGAACCAUGACUGCUAUCGGAUUUACUGAAAGCGGUCUUCCAGAGCCAACCCUGGCCGAUCUCUGUUGGAUUUCACUAGAGGAUGACAGUGAAGCCACAAAACUUUACUCGUAUUCAAUGAAUUCACUGUCAGCUCAACUACAAAACGCCUUUCGAGACCUCACGCGAACCAAAGAAGCGACAGACGGUGUUCAUGCUCUUGCGAAGGAAUCUGUUGAUUUCCUACUCUCCGAAGCUGGUUGCCAAAACAAUUGUGAUUGA